UUUACUUCGAAUGUGUGGUGUCCUGGGAAAUGAUUUGUAGCGCAGAUCUGCUGCAAGGGGUACAUCCAGACGAGGAUGCCCGAAAGAUCGUUCACCUUGGAAGAAGUCAGCAAACACAAUAAGAAGGAAGAUGCUUGGAUCGUAGUCAAUGGCAAGGUCUACGACAUAACAGCUCACAUCAUGAAUCAUCCAGGCUGGGAGUGUGCCUGCGGCAUAAGCACCGUGCUGGCAAUAAUGCGAGUGUUAGGCACUGACUGCUCAGAAGAGUUUGACGAGGUCCAUACGGCAGGGGGAGGCAAGAAGCAGCUCCCAGGGUUCUGCAUAGGCAGCCUCAAGAAGGACGACAAUGGUUGAGAAUUGCCAGCAGGCUGCGUGGGCAGGUUCUACUGCGAGUGUUGACUUCAGCAGUACAGUUUAGCUCAGAGGGAGAUGCAGGGACCCUCAAAGACAGGAUUUCCUGCAAGCUUAAGAGCGAAUACUGUUCCGACACCUUAACUAAGUUAAGUUAACUUGUUUGAUAUUCCGAGAGAGGGUCGCACUGUACACCAAGUGUACCAAUAUCUAUGAAAAGCAUGCCAGGUACAAGGGGCACAAUUGAUGAGGAUCCUACACAUGUGCCAAUCCAAUACCCGCGCUGCUACCGACAUGAACAUGGCUGUAAUCCGUUGUGUCCUUC